AUGCCUAGUGAUUUUAAACUUAGUUUUUAUGAUAGCUUUAAACUUAUUUGUGCAAAGGGGGAUGACAAUAGUGUGGAUUGGGCAGCGCUUUCAUCUAUUCCAUGUUAUGCCACGGCUUACUUAAAUACUUGGCACGUAGGGCAAUGUGUUGCUGUAUUAGCUGCAAGUUUAAUAUAUUCAGGAGUUCAUCCUGAUUUAAUUCACGUCAUAGGAUUUAGCUUGGGAGCGCAUAUUGCUGGAUUUUCUGGUGCUCAUAUAAAUCGAACCAUAGGAAUUCCAUUUAGACGAAUUACAGAUCCGCCUCUUUGUAGUCAUAUAUUAGCGGGAAUCUAUUUCUCUGAAACUAUUAGAAAUCUAACAAGAUUUGUCGGUGUAGAAUGUAAUAACAGACAAAGUUUUAUUCUUGGCCAUUGCAAUAAAAAUAGAAAAGCAAUAAUGGGGGAAUAUACGGAAUUGAGGUAG